ACGGGCCUGCGCGCCGCCCGCCCGCCCGCCCGCCCGGCCCAGCCGCUGCGGCCAUCGCCCCGCGGGACGGCGCGGCUCGUGCAGUCAGAAGACUUUAUUUCAAGUGUGCACAGCUUUAAGAAUAAGACUUUUAAAAAAUCCAAAAUUCGUGGAAGUUGCAAGCAAAUUUUUGAUGGUCAAGGGAUUUCAUGUCCAGCCUGCAAGUAUUCCUGCCACAAGAAAUGUGAAGCUAAGGUUCUGCGACUUCCCCUGCCACCUGCAUCUCUUGUUUGUCACAAACCGUUCAGGUCUCCAGCUCUGAGUAUCACCAUGGAAAACAGCCACGAGCUGGACCUCACUUACAUCACUGAGCGCAUCAUUGCUGUGUCCUUCCCUGCGGGCUGCUCUGAGGAGUCCUACCUGCAUAACCUGCAGGAGGUCACACGCAUGCUGAGGUCCAAACAUGGAGACAACUACCUGGUAUUAAACCUUUCAGAGAAGAGAUAUGACCUGACAAAGCUUAACCCAAAGAUUCUGGACGUGGGCUGGCCCGAGCUGCACGCGCCCCCUCUGGACAAAGUCUGCAGCAUCUGCAAGGCCCAGGAGUCGUGGCUGAACAGCGACCCCCAGCACGUUGUGGUCAUUCACUGCAGGGGUGGAAAGGGACGCAUUGGAGUGGUCAUAUCAUCCUAUAUGCAUUUCACCAACAUCUCGGCCAGUGCUGACCAGGCUCUGGACAGAUUUGCAAUGAAGAAGUUUUAUGAUGAUAAAGUUUCAAUGCUGAUGCAGCCUUCCCAGAAACGAUACGUUCAGUUUCUCAGCGGGCUCCUAUCAGGAAUGGUGAAAAUGAACGCCUCACCCCUGUUCCUGCACUUCGUCGUCCUCCAUGGCACCCUCAACUUUGACACGGGUGGAGCGUGCCGGCCCUUCCUGAAGCUCUACCAAGCCAUGCGGCCUGUGUACACGUCGGGCAUCUACAAUGUUGGCCCAGAACACCAAAACAGGAUCUUCAUCGCCAUAGAACCGGCCCAGCUCCUGAAAGGGGACAUCAUGGUGAAGUGCUACCACAAGAAGUACCGCUCAGCUACCCGCGAUGUCAUUUUCCGCUUGCAGUUCCACACAGGUGCUGUUCAGGGCUACAGACUUGUGUUUGGGAAGGAGGAUUUGGACAGUGCCAGCAAAGAUGACCGGUUUCCUGAUAACGGGAAGAUUGAAUUAAUAUUCUCUGCCACUCCUGAGAAGAUUCAAGGCUGUGAGCACUUGCGCAAUGACCAUGGGGUGACUGUGGACUUCAACACGGCUGACCCGCUGAUCCGGUGGGACUCAUACGAGAACCUGAGUGCCGAUGGAGAAGUGCUGCACACUCAAGGCCCCGUGGACGGCAGUCUUUACGCCAAGGUGAGGAAGAAGAGCACGUCCGAGCCGGGUGGGCCCCCAGCUGCCGUUUCCACCAGCAGCCCAGACCACGGGGAGCACACGCUCUCGGUCAGCAGCGACUCUGGGCAUUCCACCACAUCCGCCAGGACAGACAGGACUGAGGAGCGCCUGGCUCUGGGGCCCAAGAGGGGCCUGAGCCCCCAGGAGAAAGCUGAAUUGGACCAACUUCUCAGUGGCUUUGGCUUAGAAGAUUCUGGAAGCCACGUCAAGGAUAUGACUGAUGCUCACAGCAAGUACAGCGGGACUCGCCACAUUGUGCCCGCCCAGGUCCACGUGAACGGAGAUGGCAUGCCCCGGGACCGGGAGACGGACAUCCUGGAUGACGAGGUGCCCAGCCACGACCUGCACAGUGUGGACAGCAUCGGGACCCUGUCCUCUUCCGAGGGCCCCCACUCAGCCCACCUGGGCCCUUCCACCUGCCACAAGACCAGCCAGAACUCACUGCUCUCCGAUGGAUUCGGCAGCCCUGGAGAAGAGCCGCAGGGCCCUAGUGGGGUGCCCUCGUAUGAGCCGGAGGAGGCUUUGGGGGGCCAGGAGCCCAGGCCACCGCAGCCUCUGCUGAGGGAGCCAUCCGUGUCUGCCCAGACGCAGGCCUUUGGGCAGAGCGGCUACUCCACGCAGACCUGGGUCCGCCAGCAGCAGAUGGUGGCCACACAUCAGUAUGGCUUUGGCCCCGAGUCAGAGGCCAGACUCAUCAGCCGGGGCUCAGCAGACAGCUCUGGCCUGCUGCAGGCCCAGCCCAGUGUUCUGGUCAUACCUGCCAGGGGGCCCCGCAGGGGGGCUGUCCACAGGAGCCUGGGGCAAGGGCCACAGCCCCUGGACACACAGUGCCCCUCUCUGGGCAGGGCCUGCAAACCCAGGUUCUCAGAUAUGGGACUGGUGAACGGGACCAGCCUGGACCUGAGCACAGACCCCUCUCUGGGCUCGCCCACCUUGGACAUCGACCAUUCCAUCGAGCAGCUCAACAGGCUCAUCUUGGAGUUGGACCCCACCUUUGAGCCCGUUCCCACCCACCUCAAUGCCUCUGGUGGCCAGACCAAUGGCCUGGGAGGCAGGCUCCGGGCAGGCAGCUGUCUGCAGGACACAGAGGGCUGCAGAGCGCCCAGGGCGCCAGGCUUCUCAAGUGAGGAGGCCCUGGGAGGAACAUUCCGGAAGUGGAGUCUCGAACAGUAUGACAACAGUGCCGGGGAGCAGCCCGCCUUCUCCAAGUACGGGUGGGGGAAGACCACCAAUGUGGACCAAACUUCCAGCCUGGCAUCUUUCCUUUCUCCAGCAGACACCAAAGAGACAGCCAUCUCCAAGUACCCUUCGGACCUCGAUGUCAUCGAUGGCAGAAUUUUCUCUUCCACCAAAAGCAGCAGUGAGUCCAUCUCAUCCACACCAGCAUUUCCCGUGUCUCCAGGGACACCGUAUGUGACAACGCCCCCACAGUAUUCUCCAUUCAACCCACCCGGGCCACAGAUGGGCGGCACCAGUGGUUUGUACAAAGGAGAUUAUGAACGACGAGGCCAUCCCGAGAGUCUCAGCCACACUGUGGGGAUGUCAGAGAGCCCCGUGGGACCAAACCCCGUCACGCUUCGGGCUGACCUGCCGCCGGUGCCCUCCUUCCAGCGGACCUUUGCAUCGUCCUGCACCAUCGCCAACAGUGGCCCUGGCCAGUGCAGGGACAGCUCUUCCUCAGCUGAGCACCCAUGGGUGGAGAACACCCCCACGGCCACACUCACCCUGCCGGGAGCCAGCCGGCCUGCAGGAGGCCCCCUUGGUGCUGGCGAAUUCCCCGGCCCUGGCAAGGAUGGCCCCGGACACCCCCACUUCCCACCUGCAGAGCUCGUGGCCUCUUUCCACAGCCAGGAGUUGCCCUUGGUGGAGCUUCCGGAAGUGCUGGUCACUCCGAGUGGCCAGACCUCCCUGCCCUUUGGCACUGCUCCCCUGGGAAGUGCUCUACCCUCCCUGGAGGACCCAGCAGCUCUGCUGACCAAGUCUCACGAAGCGUCCCAGCCCCCCAGGCCCUCGAGGCCCGUCAUGCCGGCCGCUGACAGUGGCUUCCUGUCCCACGACUUUCUCAUGCUGGUGCCUGGACACAGUGGCCAGCACAGUUCCGUUGUACAGGGCCAGGGGCUGACUCUGCCUGGGCAGCCUCCUCUCCCUGAGAAGAAGCGGGCCUCAGAGGGAGAGCGCUCCCUCGGCUCCAUCUCCCCCUCCUCCAGUGGCUUCUCCAGUCCCCACAGUGGCAGCACCAUGAGCAUCCCGUUCCCAAACAUUCUUCCGGACUUUUCCAAGCCUGCAGAGGCAGCAGCACCUUCUCCAGAUAAUUCAGGUGACAAGCAUCUGUCUGUGAAUUUUGUCCAAGAUACAUCCAAAUUCUGGUACAAAGCAGAUAUCUCCCGAGAACAAGCCAUCGCCAUGCUGAAGGACAAGGAACCUGGCUCCUUCAUCGUCAGGGACAGCCACUCCUUUCGAGGUGCCUACGGCCUGGCUAUGAAGGUGGCCACUCCACCCCCGUCAGUCCUGCAACUGAACAAGAAAGGUGGAGAUUUGGCCAACGAACUUGUUCGGCACUUUUUGAUAGAGAGCACCCCGAAGGGUGUGCGGUUGAAAGGGUGUUCCAAUGAGCCGUAUUUCGGUAGCCUGACAGCUUUGGUCUGUCAGCAUUCCAUUACAGCCUUGGCCUUGCCCUGCAAACUGCUCAUUCCAGACAGAGACCCUCUGGAGGAGAUAGCGGAAAGCUCACCUCAGACUGCAGCCAACUCGGCUGCCGAGCUGCUGAAGCAGGGAGCAGCCUGCAAUGUGUGGUACCUGAAUUCCGUGGAGAUGGAGUCCCUUACAGGCCACCAGGCUGUCCAGAAGGCCCUGAGUAUCACCCUGGUCCAGGAACCGCCACCUUUGUCCACCAUCGUGCACUUCAAGGUGUCAGCCCAGGGCAUCACCCUCACGGACAACCAGAGGAAGCUCUUCUUCCGGAGACACUAUCCUGUGAGCAGUGUGAUCUUCUGUGCGUUGGAUCCACAGGACAGGAAGUGGAUCACAGAUGGUCCUUGCUCAAAGGUCUUUGGAUUUGUGGCACGGAAGCAAGGCAGCACCACAGACAACGUGUGUCACCUGUUUGCAGAACACGACCCUGAGCAGCCCGCUAGUGCCAUUGUCAACUUUGUGUCAAAGGUCAUGAUCGGCUCCCCGAAGAAGAUCUGAGCCCCUGCCCGCCUGGAGACCCCAGAGGUGCUGGGACAGCAGACUCUGACCCUGAGACUCUGGGCCCAGCAGGGGAUAGAGCUUCUUCUUUGGCAAAGAGAACAGACACCCGCUCCCGGCACUUUCUGGGCGGAAGGAGCUGGGCACCAGGCUUCUCGCUGGGAGAGUUAAAGGACCGUGCGCGGAAACGCAGUGUUGCCGGGGCCCUUGCAUGCCGGUGAGAAGAUGGCUCCGAGCCCCCCACAGUGAGCGCGUCACCGCCAUUGCCGUGGGCUCUGCCCAGCCGACACUCCAGGGGAGUCUGUCCUUCACUUCAGAAGGGACUGCACGUUUGCGGGUGGGACAGCUGAGUCAGGCCUUUGUGGAACACGAAGUCCGGAGGGAAGGGGCUGUGUGCGCCAGGGGGCACGUGUGCCAGGAGCCCCUGGAGAGGCAGCGCCCGCUCUGCUCUCACUGACUCCAGCGGUGUCUCGGCAGGGGAGAAGGAAGUGACGGCCAGAAGGGAAGUGCCGUUUCCACCUAACUGAUGCUUCAUCAUGCCGCACUGUUUAUGUACCACAUCUCCGUCACCAUGCUGUUCUCGUGUCCUGUUCUAUACCUGCCACGCCACCAGGGGUCUAGGAGGAGCUUCUGGUCCCGGGGGGCUGGGGGACUGGGCACGAGAAUGUGCCUGAGCCCUUGCCAGCUGCUGCCUCUGCAGUGCUGCCCCUUCACCAGUUUAAGAUGGUUUGGCCCCAGUCAACCCACCUGGUGCCUGACUUACCCCUAUGUGUUUGCCAAGUUGCAGAUGACUUCCCUUCUAGUGAGGAAGGUUCUAGAGGGGUAGGGAAAAGUUGGAUUUAAACCUAGCAUGUCUGCAUUUCUGUUACACUUCAUUUUGGGGCCACCAGAGGUUCCUGAGAAGACCCCAGACCUUUGUAAGAUCUUGUCCUUUUCUUCUGCCCCCACUGGCUCCAACUGCACGGCUGCCUCUAGCAUCUUUAGAGGGAGGGAGAGACUAACUCUUAACCCCCUUGGGCCAUUUUUGAGUGUCCCUUUUCUGCUCUUGCUGAAUCAGGCUCAUGCUGACAUGAACACUCAGUGCCCAUGACAUUCCUCGGCAAGGACCCUGUGAGGUGGCUCUGGAUAUAAAAUCAGUUUAUUUUAUAAUAACUGGCCCGAGUGUGUCCCAGCACUUGAUUCAUCAUUCUCUGCCCAUUUUUAUUCUCUGUAGUGUGUGCUAGUUCUUUGAUUACCCAGGAAUCACCAGCAAUUGUCCGUACUGGGCUUUGGGACUGUAUUUGGUGACGUCUCAGUUUCACAGUGGGGCAGAGAUAAGGUUGGCUGAUCUCGGUGUGUGUGUUGUGUAUAUAAAUGUGUGGAAAAGUAGGCAGAUGGGUCCACUCUUCAGCUCUUACUAAUGUACUGAACACAAGUGCCUCAUUCCUGUGCCAAAUGUUUGCCUUAGUCAUUCUGGACCUGCUCCCCAGCAUCAGCCUAUGUGGCAUCGAAGAGACUGUCCCCGAGGUCCUGAUGUCCUGGUCCAUGGCUGAGGCUUUUUCCGUUUCAUCUUGUCACUGACUGCCAGGAUCUGACCAGAGGGAGUGUACGUAGGUUUGUACUGUUGAUUAGAGGCGCCUCGUCCUGAGAUGGCUCGUACCCAGGUCCUUGCCCUUCUAAGGAAGGAUGAACAUGCUUUGAAACCAAAGCAUAAGAGGAGGAUGAGCUGGAGAAGCACGAGCCAAAGCUCCAUACCGGCAUCCCGGGACCCCAGCCCACCGAAGUUUUUGUGUGGACCCUCAGGAAGCCACUGCCACUUGCUUUGACACUGAAGGCCGGCUCUGACCUUCACACUCGGGUGUCACAGACAUCAGGCAGUUUGUCCAAGCAAAUGGCUCUUUCUGAGGAACGAGAGGAAGCCAGUUCAGUUCCUGAUGUCCAGUAGUGGACACAUCGCGAAGUGUUACAUAUGCAUCCAGGACAGUCUGUGGAUUCUAGGGAGGCUGUGCUCUGAUGCCUGUGCCAGCUGAGCUGACUGCAAGGAGCUUUCCCAGACAGCUGACCCUUGGGGUGCCAGUAGGGAUAGGGUACUAUCCUGGGACUCGUGAGGGCUGAAUCCCAGCAUCAUACCCAGGGUCCAGGUAACCUGCUCUUUAACUUCACCACAUAGUUCCAGUGUUAACUUACAACCAUGUUAAGUCUGAGUCGCGUUUAGUGACUUCUCAGCUUCGAAGACCUUGAGCUGCCUUAUAUUAGUGGGUAUUUGUACUCUUCCAUUGUGAAAAACAUUAUCCAGUAUGUAAAUGAAUGUUCUAUAAAUUCUUUGUAUAGUCAUUUUCUUUCUCUAAAUAUCAUCUUUAUUCAGAAUAUAAUAAAGUCACAAACCUGGUAAGCUUCUGUAGCAGCCCUUACUGCGCUAGGAAGAUGAAAGUGCUUCUGUGUGUGUGAUGCAUGAGUUGUGUACGUGCAUCUCUGUAUGUGUCCCUUCUGUACACAUGCAUGUAUACCCACCCCUGGAAUAUAUUAUGUGCAUGCUUAUGCCUGUGGGUACAUAUGUGCAAGUGCGUUUAUUUCCUUGGAAGGUCAAAGGGGUGGAUUCAGUUACCAUUCACACAUGUUUUGCACUUAGGAAUAUUUUUAAAUAUUUCUUCCCAGACCUUUAAAAAUGUUACUUUGUCCUGGGUUUUUUGUUUUGUGAGGGGGGUUGAAGCCACACAGCAGAGCUCAGGGCUUACUCCUGGCCCUGUGCUCAGGAGGAUUCUUGGUGGUGCCCGGGGACCGUGUAUUGAUUGCCCACCGAUGGAAAUGGGGUCAUUCCUGGGAUCAAAAUGUGUAUGAAGGCAGCGCCUUAUCCCCUGUACUAGCUCUCUGACCAAUAUUAAAUUUUUAAGUGAUCUCACACAUAUGUGGGACGUAAAGAUGCAAAUCUGCAGAUUUGACACAUUGAAGUGAAACUGAAAUAUAUGUUUCUGCUGUCUGGUGGUUUCAGUAAUGACGCCCCACUGUGCUGGAUGGUGCUGGACUAGUGUGAUACAGAAUGUUGACAAUGGUGACAUUUCUGUUGCUACUUUUGCUACAAAUUAUUGAAGUGUGUGAGUUACCUUAUUAAGUGUAAAAAACUAAAGCUCGCCGAGGGGCGCGAGCACUCGCCGGCUCUCCGGGCAGCUCUGUCUCACCUCCCGAGUCCGGUGCCCCGGAACCACUGUGUGUGCCAUCGGUCGAGGGCAGGCGACGGAAGGAAGAAGGCCAAACUGGUUGCUCGAUCAGUUUAUUUCAUUCUCUCUCCCUGCUUCUCUCCCGGCUCUCGGUCUCUCUCAGCAUCUGUGGAUCUGGCCCCCGUGGAUCUCCCCCCAUGGAUCUGGCCCCCGUGGAUCUGGCCCCCGCGGAUCUGGCCCCCCAACCCACUCUUCCAGCCUAGUUAAAUCUCCCCAGCAUGAGGGGGUUGGGGCGUACCCAUAGGUGUGGUCACCAUCAAUAGGGUAAGGUUCCUUUCCCUUAGGGGAUGCUUCUCCUAGGACUUAAUUCUCUUUCAGCAGGAGGAUCCACCCAAGGGCGGAGUCCCAUGAAUGUGUUUCUCUUCUCCUCAGCCAGCAAACAUAUAAGAAUUCAUAAUAUUAAUUAUUUUGUAUGGACACAAUAAGAGAUGCAUUAAAGCUUAUAGAAUUGCUCUCCUGGGGCCAUCUCAAUCUCAGACUACAGUGCUCAGGCCAGAUCAGUCUUUCCUAUCCCUGGCAGGGUCCUAGUCUCAUAAUUACUAUUGGAUCAUGACAGCAUUUGUCUAUGAUCAAGCUCUUAACUUAUAGUUAAGAAUUAGGCACUUUGGCCAGGCCCAUCUCGAUGCCAGGGUAGCACAUAACUCACCGCUUGCCCUGGAUCCUUCCCGUCCCACGUCAGGGACCCUGCUUUGGGGUAAGCUUAAACUCCGGGAAAAACCGGGACAAGCUACUUGUGGCAAGCAGGGAGAGGACAAAGUAAUGUCAUCUUACAUUACUUGCAGUAUUCCAUUUUAUUAUAUUUAAAGUACAAUCUAGUUUUUGAGGAAGAUGAACUCUUAGAGUCAUAAAUAUAAAACUUCCAUGGAGGAAGAAUGUUUCAAAUCUGAUUCAGAAGAUGAUCAAUGAUGAAGAACAGCAGCAAGUAAAAAGAGGUAUAGUGGUAAUGAGUAUUUGUGGAGUCAGUGUUUUUUUAUUGAUAAUCACUUUUGCUGUACAAACUAUUCUUGACAAAAUUAUGUACUAAAAUGAUUGUUGAAGAAACAAAAAUACACUGUUUAAUGCAAAAAUAGCUCUGCAGAGGAUACCAACAGUUCUGGAAGCCUGCGUCGAGGGGAGAAAUGGACACUUACAUUGGCAUAUUGCUUACUUAUAGAUAUAACACUUGGCAUAAUGCUUAUGGGUAUAAUCAGAAAUUAGGCUACAUGGUCCAAAUAGAAAAUACUUCACCCAUUAAAAAUACCAUAAAGUGUG